AUGACUCCCCCGCCGCCGCCGCCGCACCGGUACCCGAUGCUUCCGAUGCAAGACGCGGUCGACGUCGUCCUCUCGCGCGCGCGUCCGCUGCCCGCUGAGGAGAUCCCGCUGUCGUCCGCGCUCGGCCGCGUCCUCGCGACGGACGUCGUCUCCGCGCGCCCGCACCCGCCGUUCGCGGCGUCCAUCAUGGACGGCUACGCGGUGCGCGCGUCGGACUGCCCGGGGAGUUUGCGCGUCGUCGGCGCGUCGAGGGCGGGCGCGCCGAUGACGUCCGCGAUCGCGUCCGGCGCGUGCGCGUACGUCACCACGGGCGCGCCGAUCCCCCCCGGCGCGGACGCGGUCGUCCCGCACGAGCGAUGCGAGAAGAUCCUCGACGACGACGACGACGACGACGACGCUCGCGCGCCCGCGCGCGCGGUGCGCGUCCUCGACGCCGCGACGCCCGGGCUCUGGACGCGCGCGAUCGGCUCGGACGUCCCGGGCGGCGCGGUCGUCCUCGAGCGCGGGACGCUGAUCGGCCCGCACGAGAUCGGCGUCGCGGCGCUCGCGGGCGUCAGGCGCGUUCUAUACACUGGUCCCCAUACGACCGCGACGUUGCGCGUCCACGGGACGCCGAAGCUCGCGCUCGCGUCCACGGGCGACGAGCUCGUCGACGUGGGGGUCGCUUCUUCGGCUUCUUCGUCACCGAACGAGCCCCCAAGACUCGGCGAGAUUUACGACGCGAACCGGCCGAUGCUCGCGGCGGCGGCGGUCGCCGCCGGCGUCGGCGUCGACGACGUCGUCGACCUCGGCGUCGUCCGCGACGACCCCGCCGCGCUCGCGCGCUGCGUCGCUGCCGCGCUCGACGCCAACGCGGAUAUCAUCGUCACCACCGGCGGCGUCUCCGAGGGCGACCGCGAUCACCUGAAGGAGGUGUUAUCCGGCGAGAGCGCCGCGUGCGUUGCGGCGGGGAUCGCGGGCGUCGUUCGAUUCGGCCGCGUCGCGAUGAAGCCCGGGAAGCCGCUGACGUUCGCCGAGGUGAGACGGACGCGGACGGACUCGGACGGUCGCGACGCGGACGGUCACGUCGCGCUCGUCUUCGCGCUCCCCGGCAACCCCGUCAGCGCGGCGGUCACGUUCCAGCUCGUCGUCGUGCCGACGUUGCGGCGGAUGCUCGGGUGGGCGGACCCGCGGUUGCGUCGGAUACGUUGCCGAUUGGAGGCCGACGUUCGAUUGGACGCGGAGCGACCGGAAUACCACCGCGCAACUUUGCGUUGGGAGACGCCGUGCGCGGCGCCGCCGGGCAGCACGGGGAGGCAGAUCAGCAGCCGGCUGAGCAGCAUGACGGGCGCCGACGUGCUGUUGGAGUUGCCGAGGGGGCCGGGGACGGCGCGCGGGGGGAGCGUCGCGUCAGCGCUCGUGAUCGGGGAUCUGCGCGCGGCGGCGAUACAGCUCGCGCGGUUUUGA